UUGAGUAGCGACAACGUAACGAAUACGAAUACGAAUACGAAUAUAGAUUGAGAUUGAGAUUGAGUGUGUGUUAAUUAAAGACAAACGACAAAGAAAAUGGUAUCUGUGGAGACAAUUGGUUCGAUUUUCAUCAAAGCCCUAAAACUGAUCAUCAACUUGGUCGUGAUAUUUCUGUAUCGCUGGGGCGAUGGCGGCGAAUUCCUGGGCAUUGGCGGCACUUGGAAUCUGAACGAAGAGAAGAGCGCCGAUGCGGAAAUUGUGGCCUCCGGCGUAAUGGUCGGCUUCUUUAUAUACACGGCAUGCCACACAAUUGCCUACUUAUUCGGCACCACAAAGCAUAAGGGCGAACUGUGCGACACCAUUAUGAAUGUGGUGGGCACCUUUAUGUGGAUCGCCGUUGGCGGCGUGGCGCUGCAUUACUGGAAGGGCUACAUGUCCGAUGAGGGUUUCCUCUAUGUCAAUUCGGAGCGACAGGUGGGCAUUGCCAUGGGCUCGCUGUGCGUCAUCGAGGGCGCACUCUAUCUGCUGGAUACCGUGCUGGCCUGCAUACACUACUCCAAGGGCGACACCGACUACACGCAAUAAGCUGGGAAGUUGGCUGAACAAAAUGGGGCAACUGCCGAAUAUAACUGACAAAGUUUUUCUUGUUCUACACACACAAUUUCAGUUAUUUCUAAGUGCAAAUUAGUUUAUAACCUACUUAUGAAGCCAAAUCUGUAUGUUUCGUUUAUAAUUUUACAAUUACACGCAUAACAAUUAAUCAAAGGCCAGUUCGCUGGCCGAACAAAAGAACAAAUCAUUUAUGAUUCACUCCAACAUUAUACUACGCAAAAUACAAGAUCUUAAGAU